AUGGUGCAGCGCCCGUUCUUGCUGUUCUUGCCUCAGCUAGCGAAUACUUCAGUCACCAGUCAGAUUAUCCAAGCAUUCUAUCCCAGCACAGCCUCCAAGGCACAUACCUUCGGCGAAGGAAUCCAUCCGACAUCAUCCCUUUCGCUCCUGGUCCGGCCACGCUUUGCGGAGUCCCUCGAAGCCGACCGCGGUUCAAUGCGGGGAGGCGUCAAACCCCUCGCAGAUCAAACCGGGGAAUGCCAUGCGGAGGGUCGCGGAGCUGUGGCAAGGAGAACCAAAACGGAGGACUCUCGUCCGCAGUCUCGUUGA